AUGCGCUUCCACCUCCCCCUCGUCUGUCCUACUUCUUCCUGCCGGGACGGAAGCACGUCGGUGUGGUGCCGAAGCAGCGAUCAAGAGCGGCACGGCCGAACAGUCCUGGGUGAACGCGACAACAGGCUCGCGGAAAGUGGUUCAGAACCUGCUCAGGCCGACAUUGUCCUGGCCGAGCAUGUGACGGAAGAAGAGAGAAGUCCAAUUUUACCCGACCGGAAAAUCGGAUCCUUUUCCUCGGCUGGACCGUCGCGUGUUCUGAGACCAACAAACAAAUCAUCCCAGAGUCUGACACAAAGGUCCGCCCUCGCCGACAAUGGACGCAGGCAGAAUCCUUGCAAAACAUGUUGCUCGGACGACAUCGAUCUUGCACCAGUUUGCAUGACAAUGAGGAAGCGCAGAAUGUGGGAUGCCGGGUUUGCAUUCGUCGGAUGCAGCGUCGAUCGCGAUGGAGGACAAAGGGCAGAGCGAGACAAGAUGACACUUUCCAGUUGA